AUGCUUGGACUAAGAAAACCAUAUCCUCCAGAACCAAGUCAAGGCUAUUGGGGCACAAUAACUUCUACAAUAGAUUGGUGUGAAGAGAACUAUGUUGUUUCCCCCUACAUCGCCGAAUGGUCAAAUACCAUAACAAACAGUUGCUUUGUCUUGCUGGCAUUGUAUACUACGUAUUGUUCAAUAAGAAAUGGGUUAGAGUUUAGAUUUCAUUUGAUCGGAUUCGGUUUUGCUCUGGUCGGUGUGGGAUCAUGGUUAUUCCAUAUGACUUUACAGUACCGCUAUCAGUUGCUGGAUGAACUACCCAUGAUCUACGCUACUUGUAUCCCCACAUGGUCAUUGUUAUGCGAGAAUCGAGAUACUUUACAACCCGGUAGUAACAUUCGUAAAGCUCCCUUGAAAAGACAGUUUAAUAUUGGACUUUCCUUAACCAUUUUUGUUUUAAUAUUGACUUUGGUCUAUUUGGUUACACAAAUCUCGGAAAUCCAUCAAACCGUUUAUGGCGCAUUUACAGUAAUAGUGGUCAUACUAUCAGGGAAAUAUGCUCAUGAUUAUGUGAGGGACGAUUUGGCUAGAAAAAGCAUGUAUCAAUGUAUGGCCUUAGGAAUGUUACUUUUCUUCAUAGGAUUCGUCUCUUGGAAUAUGGAUAAUCAACUGUGUUCAUUUUGGAUUCACGUAAGGCGUGAAUGGCUAAAAUUGCCGCUAGGGAUGUUUUUAGAACUUCAUGCUUGGUGGCAUCUUCUAACUGCCGCUGGUGUCUAUUGUUAUAUCGUUUUCCUACAAUAUUUAAGAAUUCAAACUCAAGGUUUGAGCCACAGAUACUUACUCAUUUGGAGGUGGGGAUUUGUACCUGAACUAAUUCGAAAAAAUGACAGAGUGCAUACAAAAUAUUCUUUGCAAUUUGCAGGAAGCUGUGUGAAUGCGAACUUACAAUACAAUAAGGGGAAACGGUUUUAA